AAAAAGAAAAAGAAGAAGAAGAAGAAGAAAACAGCGGCGAAGGCUGAGCCCGGGAUGUUAAAAUGUCUGCUCCGAAAACCAUUCCGAAAGAUGCUCAGGUGAUGAUGCAGAUCCUGAAGGACAUGGGGAUCACAGAGUACGAGCCCAGAGUCAUCAACCAGAUGCUGGAGUUCACCUACAGAUACGUGACGACCAUCAUCGAGGACGCCAAAAUCUACGCCACACACGCCAAGAAGUCCAAUGUGGAUGCCGACGACAUCAAAUUAGCGAUCCAGUGCCGCAUGGACCAGUCGUUCACCUCACCGCCUCCGCGAGACUUCUUGUUGGAGGUUGCGAGGCAGAAGAACCAGACUCCGCUCCCGCUGAUCAAACCGUACACCGGACCUCGACUUCCCCCUGACCGCUACUGUCUGACCGCCCCCAACUACAGACUCAAAUCCAUACAGAAGAAGGUGUCGUCUUCUGCCGGCAGGAUAUCGGUGCCUCGUCUCAGUGUCGGCGCUGUCUCCAGCCGGCCGACCACACCGACGCUCGGAACUCCGUCUGUCCAGUCUGUCACCACCAAAGUCGGAGCUCCGGUGUCUCUGACGGGUCAGAGGUUCACCGUGCAGAUCCCCCCGCCCUCUCAGACGGCCACCACAAAAACCACAACGCCGUCCACGCCGGCAGUCUCCAACGUCCUCAUCAACCCGUCUCUGAUCGGCUCCAAAAACAUCCUCAUCACCACCAACAUGGUGUCGCAGAACACCGCCGGGGAGUCUCUGAAGAGGAAGCACGAAGACGACGACGACUAUGAUGCUUUAUGACGGCGAGACUGAAGACGACGACGGCUCUUUUUAAAAUCAUGUUUUUCAUAAUGUGCACAGUAAGAGACUGACUCCUGCUGCUGGAUCAGGGCUCAGUCAGACCCCACUGUGUUAGUUUAAGUUUUCUAGAACAUUUGUUUAACCAGAGACGAGGCCUCCACCUGUUUGCACUGGGAAUUGCCCAGUAAAACCAGCUGUGAGGUCUCAGGUGUGUUAAAGCUGGACUCACAGCAGAGGAAACCUGCCGAUGUGAUUUACAAUAAACUGCAUUUAACCAGAAA